AUGUUAUUCCGUAGAGCGUGCCGUCCAGCGGCCCGCCCGCACACCCAAACUCUAUCUCACUUGACAUUCAUCGCAGCCUCCAUAUAUGCAAGGUCAACAACUUGCAUGUGUUUCCUUGUGAGACACUGCAUAUACCCAAUCAGCUUUCUAUUACUGUCAAGGCAAAAUGGGAGGCUUUGGAAACGCAUCAUCGAAGAUAUGCGCCCAACUGCUUUUAUACAUGGAUGGCUAUCCGCCGUUGGGAUGUAUACCUUCCUUUAUGUUUGCCUUAUAAAUGAUAGAAGGAUUGGGUUUGUUGGGUUAUAUCGAGGCGUGUUGACUAUUACAAUGCUAUUCUACUACGCAUUGCUGCGCGGUCAUGAAAAGGCGGCUACGAAAAGUGGUAAAAAAACCGAUACCAAGACAACCAGCUCAGCUUAUUGUCGGGAUUUUGAGCAAAAGCUAGAGGAUCACGGCGUUUAUCUUGAUGGAUUUGAACAUAUGGAUGAGUUGUUUCCCGAGGUGCCCAAAAAUAUGGAUGAGAUUCAGAACAGAUUACUCCGGCUAAGGCGCUCUCUCUCACAUACCAUUUUUACCGAGGAUGAGUUUUGCUCACUCGCUGUUACUAAACCAGAUCACUUCUUUGGUGCUCGCCCAGGACGACUAAAGCCUAAAAUCCUGCAGUCAUACGGAUUACAAGAGCGACUCUAUGAUAAGAAUGCAUAUACUAUCACAUCAAUCUACCAAGGUGGUCAACUCAAGCUCUACACGACGCACCUCAACGUACCCUCACCUAGAAGCAAAGGCCGUCCUGAAUAUAUUAUGACUUUGUUGAGGUCAUUUGCAAUGAUGGAUACACUGGAUACCUUUCGGCAGGGGGUAACUGCAUAUCGAAAUGCGAGAGACUGGCCUUUCAGACCUCGGCUUAUGCUUGAUGAGGAGGGACAGAAUAAAGCCCAAGGGGGUUCUACCGGGAAAAAUGGCAGCUCGAUGACUCUGAGGGUACUGCCAAAGGCUUGA